UAAAAACCCUUUAGGUUGGGAAAACAUAAAGGCUAAAAUUCUCUCUAGCCGUCCAAAUUCAAUCCCUUCCACUCCCCAUCUAAUAUUCCUUCCCUAUUAGCUUUAUCUCUCUCUCUCUCUCUCUCUCUAUCAAUCUCAUAAUUAGCUCUCCAUGUCCAUGGAAGAAAACCUCCUCUCUCUUUCUUAGGCUUUUUAGAACAUUAAGAGCAGAUUUGUGUGUCAGGGAUGGAAAUUUGGCUUUUGUCCUAGCAAGCAAGAGGCCCCGUUUGUGUCAGAAGAAAAUCCUAACUUCCAAUCUCAAAUGCUCAUUUGUCCCUCUUUCAUCCCCUCCAUAAAGUGACUUGUGUCAGAGCUAGUUAGUUAGUACUAGGAUUUUACUUAUGAUUCAUGCUAUACUACUCCUACUGCUAUAGUUUUGAAACAAAUUCCCACUACAAAACCCUAAUAUUCACUUCACAGCUUUCUCUCUUUUAUCUUUUCUUGGAACUUGCAACCAUGACUUCAAAGCAUGUAAUAGCUACAAGACACACAAAGUCCAUCAAGACCAGGUUUGCCAGUAGAUUUCUCAGAUCCCUUUUGAGAAUGAAAAGGAGUGAUAGAUUUGGUGGUUCCCAAUCAAAUGAAGGAGUCAGGAAAAGGAGUACUCAUAGAAUAAAGAUUGCUGCUUAUGCAUCGAUGGCUCGUGCAGUUGGUCCAAGCAGAACUUGGAGCCGAGCCCUUCUUUUCAAGCUUAGAAACCGAGCCAGAAUCCAGGGAGUCUUGAGAAAGAGAUGCUUCGUUUCAAAGAAGAAUAAGAAGAAGAGGGUUAUAAGAAAUAAGGUGAUAAUCUCAAGAGAACCAAGUCGUACUGAUACUCUUCGAAAGCUUGUUCCUGGAGGAGGUUCCAUGGAUAUUUGCUGUUUGUUGGAAGAAACUGCUCAUUACAUAAAAUGCCUUGCCACUCAGGUUAAGGUGAUGCAAAGUAUAGCCGAUCAAUCACUACUCUAAGUGAUGAUCAGAUGAAGAAUUGCAUGCAUGGUGAUUAAUAUUUAUUGUUCUUAUAUACAUCAAGAUUAAGUAAAUAUAAAGAAUAAAACUACCAUGUCAUGUAUGCACAAGGAAAGGAUCCAGUUGCUCAGUUUGUAAAAAGGUUAAUUUUCUAGAUCUUAUGAACAUCACAAACAUAUAUAAACAUAUGAAGAUCAUUAAUAUUUA